UUCGUCCACCGUUUCUCUCUUCACUCGAACCCUCUCUGCUACCACAGCGAGCCAGAAUUGCGGCCGGGGAGCACCAACGCCUCGUAAACUAUCCCUGCUACCACCGCAAGGAAGACAGCGCCUGGGUCGUGGCUCCACCCCAAUCAAUUGAAAAAAAAAAAUUUACGUUAAAAAAUUUUCAAAAUUUUUUUAGUUGAGUCAUUUACCCGAAUCCAACCUACAAAUCACAGCACCUUUCGUUGCCCUAUUUCGAAAUCUCUAUUUCGAAAACCUGUUUUCGAAAGAAAAACGCAGGAAAACCUAGGGGGAAAAAGGCAGCGAAGAGAGUGCGAGGGAGAGAACGAGACACAAAGAGAGGGAGAUAGGGAAUGAAAGAGUGAGAAAGGGAGCACGGCUGGAGAGAGCAGGGCUGCAGCCUGCAGGUAGGAGGUCGGAGACUCGGAAGAGAAGAGGAGAGAGUCAGAGAGAGAACUCGCCGCGCGGCAGCAGCGGGCUCGAUCUUGGUUGAUCGACAGGCUUUCAAGCUGUUCACUAGGCAUUGGAAUUCAAACCUUCGAUGGGAGUGAGAAACGACAAUACACAGUCCGAACAAACUGUCGAAGCUCUUUCAGCAAGUUCGGUGAAAACAAGGUGCCAGGAUCAGAGGGAAGCAUUGCCAGCAGAGCCACGCUGUACUGUUUGUGGCCGUUAUGGUGAAUACAUUUGUGAUGCAACAGAAGAUGAUAUUUGCAGCCUCGAGUGUAAACAAGUUGUUCUUGCCAGGCAUCAUUCCAAUUCUAUCAAACCAAUCAAAAUUAGCGCUUCCCCUAUAAAAGUUCCUGCACUUGAUGAGUGCUUUUAUAUAAAAGAUACUGGGCCAAAUAGUACAUGUUUUAAGGGUACCCAGAUUGAAUCCCUGAAGUACAGGAUUGACAUACAUGUUACGGGAGAUUCAGUUCCUCCACCAAUUUUGUCAUUCUCCACUCAUGAACUUCCACUGAAGCUGCAGAGCAACCUGGAAGCCGCAGGCUAUGUCAUACCAACACCAAUUCAAAUGCAGGUUAUCCCUGCUGCUUUCAUGGGUAGAAAUCUACUCGUUUCAUCUGAAACUGGAUCAGGGAAAACUGCAUCUUUUCUGGUACCUCUUAUUUCCCGCUGUGCAAAAUUUCGUCUUCAGCACCCCUCUCAAAAGAAGAAACCCUUAGCAAUUGUUUUAGCGCCCACGAGGGAGUUGUGUGCACAAGUUGAGGAACUAGCUAAGGUACUUGGAAAGGGUCUGCCAUUCAAGACAGCACUGAUUGUUGGUGGUGAUCCCAUCGCUGGACAAAUCUAUAGGAUUCAGCAAGGUAUAGAACUGAUCAUUGCUACUGCCGGUCGCCUGAUAGAUCUCCUAACCAAGCAGGAUAUUGAACUGGAUGAAGUAGGGAUUCUGGUUUUGGAUGAGGUGGACUGCAUGCUUCAGAGAGGGUUCCGUGAUGAGGUGAUGCAGGUGAUUCAUGCACUGUCGCAACCCCAACUAAUGAUGUUCUCUGCCACAAUACCACAAGAUAUAGAGAGGACAUUAGGUACGAUGCCUAAAGAUUUGCUCCGCAUCUCUUCUGGGGAACCUGGAAAGCCAAGGGAAACCGUGAAACAAAUUGUGAUUUGGGUAGAAACCAAGCAUAAAAAGCAAAAGUUAUUCGAUAUAUUAGCAAGCAAGCAGCAUUUUAAGCCACCAGCUGUGGUCUUUGUGGGCUCCAAAAUGGGGGCUGACCUUCUAUGUGAGGCCAUCACUGUCACGAGUGGUUUGAGAGCCGUGGCAGUACAUGGGGACAAGACAAUGAGUGAGAGGAGAGAAAACCUAAAACUGUUUCUGACGGGGGAGGUUUCUGUACUUGUUGCAACAGGGGUAUUAGGACGCGGCGUUGAUAUGCUAAAGGUAAGGCAAGUCAUAAUCUUUGACAUGCCCAGCUCAAUGCAGGAAUAUGUGCAUCAGAUUGGGAGAGCUUCCAGAUUGGGCAUUAAUGGAGUGGCCAUUGUUUUCAUCAAUGAGGAGGAUAAAAACUUAUUUAAGGAAUUAAUCAAUGUUCUGAAAUCUUCUGGGUCUGCCCUCCCUACGGCUCUCUUAAAUUCACCGCAUUCACAAGGUUUUCAUGCUGCGCGCCAUCAAAGGAAGAGGCAGAAACCCACUUACUGAAUUGUCAAUUACAAAUUUGUUGGUCGUCUGAGAUCAUGGUUGCUGCUGCUUUGCUUGAAAUGGAAGGCUAGCAAAUCGUGCAAUCUAGAGCGAAAGGACAUGCCUCUGUGGACUUUCUGUUGGCAUAGAGGGUGUUCUUACAUGCCGUUUCCUUUCUAGAUGAGAAUUGGGUUAUGGGGGAACGUCCCAUUCAUAUGAAAGCAAUAAGCAUGAAGCUUGACUUCAUUGAAUUGAAUUAGGAGUUGCAGUGUCGACAUUUCCAGAUGAAAUAAAAGCACUAAGAAUGAUUCCCUUAAUUGGUCGGCUAACAGGGGAAAAUGCUUAUACAUCGACUGGGGCUUGUCUGUGUUCUCCACAUCUUGAUACUCUGGUUUGGUCCUCUAACAGAGGGGCCAUAAGGUUUCGGGCAUUGCUACAUCGUUAAUUAAGGAGGCUAAUUAGCUUGGCGUUUCCACUUUCCACAUGCAAACCUUCUCUUGUAAAGAGAAGGGAAAUGCAGUCCAUUUUGAAUUCCAGUAUCAAUGGAGAGAUGGUGGCUAAUAAACGCAAGGAGAACAGCCAGCAGAAAAAUACAACUGCAAUGCCUUGCACAUAAAAGGUCAGAAAUAACUUGUUGCCGGUUAAUAGCUAGUAGACAUUGUGAUUCUCUCUCAUCGUACUUUCUACGAGAAAGUAACAAGGUUUCGUCAGUACACUUAAUAAAAUAUGGUUUGUCGUAAGGCUAUUCUUUGCACUAGAAACCACAUUCAGGCCUACGCUACCUACUUUUUAUUGUAGUGUUGCAAAUGCAAGUUGUCAAACAAAGAAUCCAUGGUUUUCGGUGCGUCUUUGAUAUCGGCUACUGGUUCUGAAGUAUGGCUGUUAUGAAUCCAGCUAUGCAGAGCGCCCAUGGUAGAAUUAGCAUAAUCUGAUCACGUUGAUAACUAUUACUUGUGUUGGAAUGUUGGAUACUGUUGAACACAUGAUUGCAUAUGUGAAAAGAAUCACUUUAUCCUAAAUCA